AAGCACACACAUACCGAGAGAGCGAGACAGACAGACAGAGGGAGCGAGGGAAAGAGAAGAACAUACGAUACUUUUGUUUCUUCACAUCCUACCUGCGAGCGUCCCGGUGGAUAUUGUUCCCGUCCGAACGUCUCGCAAUAUUAUCAUCGUCACCUUUACACGCCGCUCCCAUCCUAGCCGAAUAACACCAUAUCAACGAUGGCUGCUCAAGUAAACGGCGAAGUCCAUCCGUCCUCCGCGACCCUGUCGCAUCUCACCGGAUACCCGGUUGUCAGCGACGGCAUCGCCUACUUCAAGGGGAACCCCUACGGGCAGAAAUCGAUAGAGCUCGGCGACUCUGCCUACAAGACCUUCGCGAAGCCGGUCAUCCCUCUCCUCACCAAGCCGUACCAAUACGUGGAGCCCUACGUCAAGAGGGCCGACCUGAUCGGCGACGAUGCCCUGACCAAGAUCGACCAGCGGGUUCCCGCGCUGAAGAAACCGACGAGCGAGCUGUGGGCUGAGGGCAAGAACUUCGCCUUCUUCCCCGUCCGCAAGGGCCUCGAGACCCGUGACCACGUCUUCGACGUCUACAACUCCGAGUACAAGAAGGUCGGGGGCGAGGGCCUCGUCACGUCGGGCAAGGCCCUCGUAUCUACCGGCUUAUUCGUCACGAGCGAGGCCCUCGCCUGGAUCAGCGACCUGCUCAAGGCCGGCAAGGUGCAGGCCAAGGAAGCCAGCUCGGAGGCAGCUCGACAGGUCAACCAGGCGACCCACCGAUCCAGCCGCAACCAGAACAGUCGUUGACGGCCGUGACAUCUACCCAUACCUACACACCACACACCCAUGUAUAUUCAACUAGGGGAGAUAGGGCUAGUCUUCACGUGCUUUCUUUAGAUACCAGGGAUAUUUAUUUCUUUGUAUUUCUCCCCCUCUCUCCUUUCCUUAUCACCUUUCGAUCGAAGUAGUGUCCCGAACUCGUGACGAUUGAGAAAGUCGGGUUAUUUUAAGAGGGGGGCACUAGGGACUCGUGUAUCGCAGGGGGUGGCAUAGGCGGGUCACGAAGGCUCGCUGCCGCUUCUCGGCGUCGCUUACGGAAAAAAGAGGUUCUCAAGGCGCCUCGCGAAGGCAGACCUGUCAGGCAUAAUAGGGAUCUCGGUUCGGCUGAGGCGUCCUCGUCCGCUUUCGAUUCUCGCCGA